CUAUUUACCUGCUUCGUAACCUUUCUCUGUCCUGUUGUAUUUCGUCUGUCUCUAUAAUUUAUUUAUUUCUUCUAAUUUACAAUUCUUCUCUACUGUACAAAACAGAUUCGUUACUUUUCACGUAUAUUUUACCAACAUACUAAACAACAUUCACUGAUCGUAACCUAGCUAAUCACGAUCGGUGACACAAAAUCAGACUCAAUUUCUUCGUACACUGCAGCGACAAAUUGUUAAAUUUUAUGGCUAAAUUCUUUUCUAUUCCCCAACUGAGGGCUUCAAAAAUAAAGCACAACAAUAGUCUAUCAAGUUAGUUAAUGUAAACAAAACAAUCAAAAUCUACACCUGGAACAUUAAAAUUUUCCAGCAUUCAUAGAGAUCUUUCACCACAUUCAUGGCAAAAAUAAAAAUCGCCCAGUUCUUUCAUCAAUUAAGUAAUUCACAAAAAAUGCGAUCAGCUGAAAUCGAUUUCGCCUUAAAAACAGAUAAUCGAGUGGAUGUAUCCAUAUAAUUUAAAGUUUGGCCGAGCGUUUUGAUCACGCUGCAGACCUAUGAUUCCAAAAAUUAUGACAUGGACAAAGGAUUUUCUAAUGGAGUGUUGCCUGACCCAAGCUAGAACACAGUCGUCAUCGACUCAAGCUAGAACAGAAGACUAAAUCAAAAGUGGAUAAAAAAUCCAGCGGUGGAUUACGAAAGAGGGACGAUUCUCGGUCACGAGAUAAGUCAUUGGCCGAACGAAAAAAGAAAAAUGCUGUGUCCAACACUCUUAACAGGGUUGAACAGCGCCCUUUGAGGAAGGAGACAACGGAGGACCUAGAUUCUAAAAUUAUAUCAACUGACGCAAGCGUCACCAUGACAAGAUUAGUCCAGGAAGUGAAUUCCAUGGAAAUGCGCAGCAUAAGCAUAGCGAAUCGAUUAGCAGCCCUUGAGCAGAACGGGAGUACAAAAUGGAAGUAUACAUUUCCUUGCGAUACCAAGCUCUACCCGCCUGCCACACCGUGUAAUGAAAAUGAUUCGACGGACGGUAACUUUCUACAAAGAUCAGAUUCAGUGGUGAAGCAGGGAAAGUUAGCUGAACGUCUGGAAAAAUUAGAAACUGCAUCGGAAAAAUGGAGGAGAAGAGUUGCUGCUACAGAUGCCGUUCAAUAUUCCAUAUAUGGAAAGAUGAAAGUUGAUCACUCAGAGGGUCUUCAUUCCACCGUAUCUUCACCCCUUAUUCAGGCAAUUGAGAACGAAUCGAGCAGAGGAAAAAAAUUACCUAGAGCGGAACGUUUCAGAGUAGAGAAAGAAUCUGCAGGAAAAACGACCGAAAAUGUCACUACCAACGAACCUGUUACUAUGUUCAGGAGAACUUUGUCUACUCGAAGAAUACUUGAUGUUGAAAAAAUUGGACCGUCUCAGCAACAUUCUGAUCUUACUGUUUCUGUCCCGCAAACCGCCGACCUGAAUUUUACUACGUUUUUCGGUGGCGUGUCUACGGCACGACGUGACGAAGAAUAUAUUGACUUAAAUGAAAGUGACUUUGACAUCAUCAAGUCGCAUUCUGAACUUUUAGUACAGAGAAGAACAGUACCGACUAGGGGACGAAGAUUAAAGUCUAAAAAUCCGCUGCGAGUACUCGCAGCACGCACCGAUCUCAGGAUGGAGUACACCGAAGUAAAAACAGGUGUUGCCGAGAGAAUUAUGAAAGAUUUGAGCAUUGAAAAGUUGGCAAAAUCUUCAUCGUUAGCGGUUGAAGCGCUGGCUGGCCUUGCCUCAACCGAAGACUUCAAUGCUAUAUCGUUAAGAAAUGCAGCUGAAUAUGCGCAAAGCUCUGGAUCAACGCUAUGCGCUUAUAAAAAAUUGAUGUUGAUUCUUGUGAAAGGAAGACGACAUGUGCAGGUCAGACUCGUUGAACCUAUUGCAUCGAGUAUCAACAGCGGUGACAACUACAUAUUAGUCACUCCAACAGAGGUGUACAACUAUGUGGGAAAGUAUAGCAAUGUCAUUGAGCGAACUCGGAGCGCAGAUAUAGCGUUGACAAUUCAGCAGAACAAGGAGUUCGGCUGUACGGCAAAUCAAGUGAUCACAGUUAGCGAAGAGAAGUCUACUUGUUCAAGAAAUGACACGUCCAAGUUUUGGAACCUCCUCGGGAUUGACGAUGAGAUAAUCGAUGUAACGAAAGCUGGUCAUCCGGACGAAGACGAACUUUAUGAAAAUGUCGUAAUAAAGACAAAUAUGGUAUAUGAACUAAUCGAUAAAGAAUUGGUUCCAUUUACAGACUUUUGGGGCGUAAUACCAAAGAUCGAAAUGUUGGAACCUAACAAGAUUUUGAUAUUUGAUUUUGGUAGCGAGAUGUACAUUUGGAACGGCAAGUUGGCUACUUUACCAAAUCGUAAACUUGCUUUUGACAUGGCCAGUGAACUGUGGAAAAAAGGUUACGACUAUUCCGAGUGUACAGUAUGCCCGUUAACAGCGGCCUCUGUAAUAGGAGCGCGUCAAACACCGGGAUCUGUUGAAAAUAAGGCAUCUAUGCGACCCGACUGGUGCCUCUUACUCAAAGUGACGCAGCACAUGGAGCCGGUAUUAUUUAAAGAAAAAUUUCUGGAUUGGCCUGAUUUUAAAAAAGUAAUACAGACGAAAAGUAACGACAGUAAAGAGUCGGUUGACAGUGGCGUCUCUGUCCAGCCAUUUAACGUCAGUGUUAUAAUCCAACCGAAUACAACGCCGGUCGACUUAAUGCUGGAAGGAAGUCACCUUGGUCGUGGAAAAGAGUGGUUCGACAAAGAGCUCAGGAAAAUCCACCUCAUUACUACGCUGAGCACAACUGUAUGGCACAUAGACGAAUAUUCGCAUACUCUGUUGAACGAUAAUUCUGUGGGACAGUUCCAUUCUGGAGAUAGUUACAUUGUUCGCUGGUCGUACAGAAUUACUACUACUGGAAACAAACUCAGUGGCCAGCCUUCCAAGUAUUCGGCAAUAGGAAGAGAUCGUUGUGCUUACUUUAUUUGGCAAGGACAAACAGCAUCGCCGAACGAACAGGGAACUGCAGCACUGCUUACCGUCGAACUGGAUCAUGAAAAAGGACCUCAAAUCCAGGUCAUUCAAGGUUUCGAACCGUCUGCCUUCCUCAAUCUAUUUUCUGGAGGCAUGAUUGUACACAUUGGAAACAGAAUGGAUAAAGAAAGGGAGGAAAGACACAGAUUAUACAUUUGUCGAGGCACUCUCGAGUCUGAAGUAUCUCUGAUUGAAGUCCCCUGCUCUAUGGAAAGCUUAAGAAGUCGGUGUUCCUUCGUUUUAAUUGAUCGUGAUACUGGAAAACUGUACGUGUGGCAUGGAGGCGCCUCGCUACCUCACAUCAGAGAGAAUGCAUUGCAAGCUGCUAACAAGCUUAAAGUCAAUUGCCCUGAAGAAGCAGGGCUGACUCCAUGCAGCAGCGUCGACAUAAUCGAAGUUAUCGAGGGUAAAGAACCUGAGGAAGUUUUGAACGCUCUUGAUAAAACUGAGAUGAAGGACUAUUUGUCUCUGGAAAAUAACGAUUUAAUGGGACACACACCGAGGCUUUUUAAGUUGUCAAGCAUCUCGGGGGAGUUUAGGCCAACCGAAUUGCUCUGUGCCCAUCGCGCCGAUAUCACAACUCCGUAUCCCUUUCUGCAAAUUGAAUUAUACCAAGUAAACCAACCCGCGUUAUUUAUGCUCGACAAUGGGAAUGAAAUUUGGCUUUGGCAAGGCUGGUGGCCUGACAGCGGAGCCGAUGAUCAAACCGGAAGUGGAGCUGUACGAUGGCAAUCUGAGAGAAGAGCUGCGAUGAGAACGGCUAUCCAGUAUUGGCAAACAAAUCACCCCGAUUCUACUCAACUACCCAUUUCGCUGGUCUGGGCUGGCCUGGAACCCUUGGAGUUCAGGAAUCUGUUUCCAAUGUGGGAAACCCGCGAGGACGUAGCGGAAUUGAAUAUGCGGGAUGAUCACAAGCCGGGAGAAAUACUGAGCAUACACAAUGAACUGGACAAAUUAACUCAAAGCACGUAUCCACCUGCUGAAUUAUUGCAAAGGCCACUGCCUCAAGGAGUGGAUCCAACCCGUCUGGAAUUAUAUUUAUCACCGGAAGAUUUUGAGAAAUUGUUCAGCAUGACGAAAGAUGUAUUCCAAGGACUACCAGCAUGGAAACAAAUUAAGCUUAAAAAAGAAAUUGGAUUAUUUUAACGGUGGUUUUUUUUUUUUUCUUGUUUUUUUUUCAGGCAUGAUGCUAUCACAUAAAUGUAUAUACAGUACGCAUGACAGGUGAAUUUCGAGGUAUCGAUUCUUAGUUUCUAGGAUCUAGUUGAUCGUAAAAUUAUAUUUCAGCUACUUUUGCUAUCAUGUUGAUUUCGCGUGAAAUACUGUUUGAUAGCUAUCGGAUAAUGAAAAUGAUGGUUAAGCCAAAAUGAAAUUACGAGAACCUCAACAGUGGUCAUGUUGAUUCUGCGCCAGCUUCUAACUGCUUUUAAAUUCGCUUGUCGAAUACCUUGAACAUAUUUUAUUCUCAAUUUCAGCCGAGUCUGGAAUUAUCCGGUCUUAUUUCACGCCAAAUACUAUCACCUUAUGAAGAUCAUUUUGUCAACAUUCAUUUGAAAAGCUCCUUAUUCUUUUCAAGAAUUGAGAGUGCGAAAUUCACCUGCACGAGUGUAUUUAUGUGCAUGUGCUGGCAAAAUCGAGCAAAAAAGAUCACUUAUGGUUCACUCAUUUUAACGGAUUGACAUCACCAGCAUUACAACUCUUCGUUUUAUUCGUAAACAAGGAUGAAAAUUCGAUUGAAAGUAAUUUUACGGUUUCCGAGAUGUUAAAAAAUUUUCGUCCCGAUUACCGAUUGUUUGACAUUUCUUGAAUAGUAAAGCAUUGUCUUAAAUCCGAAGGACAGGGUAUAACUUGUAACGUUAAAAUUAACCCGGGAACUCUCUUUCAGACUGAUGUCGUCAUUGAAUAAUAAAUUUGUAUCGCCAUGGAUUAAUUGAUGGAUCCUUAAGGACCGAAGUAUAUACUGUAUAUAUCACAUGUAUUAUAGAAUUCAGUGUAACAGAUUCGGAACUGCAUAUAAUAAGAUUGAAUACGUGAAAUUUUUA